AUGAGCAGCCAGCCUCGUUUGGUGAACGUCCAGGACUGGAUUGCAGAAAACCAGAAUGCUUUCCUGCCACCAGUGUGCAACAAGCUGAUGCACUUUUCACAGUUGCUCAUCAUGUUUGUUGGAGGCCCUAAUACCAGGAAAGAUUAUCACAUAGAGGAGGGGGAGGAGUUGUUCUACCAGCUGAAGGGAGACAUGUGCCUGAAGGUGAUUGAAAAUGGCAAACACAAAGACGUGCACAUCCGAGAGGGAGAGAUGUUUCUGCUUCCGGCUCGGAUCCCUCACUCCCCUCAGAGACAGGCCAACACUGUCGGACUGGUGGUAGAGAGAAGACGGUUGCUGACUGAGACAGACUGCCUGAGGUAUUAUGUGGACAACACCACUGACGUCCUGUUCGAAAGAUGGUUCUACUGCCAGGAUCUAGGAACCCAGUUGGUGCCAAUCAUUAAAGAAUUUAUGGCAUCGAAGCAGGGCAAAACAGGAAGACCUGAUCCAAACGAAGUCUUCAGAGAGCCCCCGUUCCAGUUCAACACCAUGAAUGUGAUGUCGCCGUUCUCCUUCAAAGACUGGCUGGAGAAACAGCGGCCGUCCCUUGGCGGCGGACGGCCCAUCGAUAUGUUCGGGGCCCAGUUUGAAACGGAGGCCAUGGUGUUCGGACCAGGGCUAACAGAGGCAACGCUGCUGCCAAGUGAUGUGUGGAUUUGGCAACAGGAGGGAUCGUCAAAAGUGACCGUGGCUGAGCAGGAGUUCAGUCUUUCUGCGGGAGACAGUUUGCUCAUUCCUGAGCAGAGCCAAUACCAGUGGCAGAGAGACGAAGGGACUGUUGCCUUGUUUGUCGUUCAAAACCCGGAGCGGAAAAGACCCUAA